AUGAAAACGCAACGCAAACGGAAAACAUCACAUGUACUCGCACCAACAGAAGCGGACUUGAAACAACUUAAAGAAACGGCAACGAAAUUGAAAUUGAAUACGCGACGUCCUAGCUAUCUAGUCUGGAGAGAAGAAUAUAUAGACAAACCCAAAAUACAGAAAUCUUCUGAUCAAUUCGAAGUAGCGAAAUCAACGAAAUGUGAGAAAUGGACCAAUGACAGACAAGUUCGUAUCAACGAUUCUUUAGAUUGGAUUCGAUCACAAUUAGCUGAAAUGCGGCGGAUGGAUCAGAAUUUAGCGCAGCAGUUUUUAGGAAUACGACGGGAGAUAACUCGACUAAAACUAAAGAAAAGUUGUGAGGCUCACGAAGAUAUGCUUGACGACGCUGCUAUAGGGAUGGAAGAAUUACAGGAACUGUCGAAAGUCUUGGACGAGCCUCACGGUAGCUACGCUCCCAGUCCGCUGAAACAUCUUGGUGUAACUAAAAUGAAUUUAAGUUCCAGACGAUUUUCUACCUGUUGA